GUGCCAAAAGUCUGUUUGAGUCCCCAAUUAUACUUUCAGACAUGCAGACACAAAACAUAAUAUUCAUAUUCAUUCACCGAAUAGAGCCCAAACAGUGAAAGCGCAGGAAGGCACUCGAAAUUUUUUGUUAAUUGUCGUGGUGUUACGUCUCACGCUCCGCUCUGCUCUUACACUCGAAAAUAAAAAAAAAUAAAAAGAAUAAUAGAAUAAUUACAGUGAAAACGCAAUUAGCAAAUCAAAAAGAAAUUAUAAAACCCAAAAUGAAAAUAAUGAAAAACAAACGUAGGAGCUCGGUGUGAAAUUUCUAAACGAAAAAAGAAUUUAACAAAGUUAAAAGCAACAAAUUGUUAAAGAAGCCAGAUUGAACAAAAUUUUAUAGCUAGCUAUUUGUUUGUUAUAUGAAAAGAAAAUAAUAAAACCUCAAAAUAAUAUCUAUAGGCGAGAGAAAAAAAUCAACGAAAGUGUAUUUUGCCAGCAAACAAACCUAUAAUAAUAAAAGAGUAGUGUGGAAAUUUGUGAAUUGUGUGUUAAAGUUGUAACGAGCGAGCAGAAAGCAGGAAUUCACAGUCCUCUGGCAAAAGGUCCCCCCUCAAUAUAAUUGCAAUUGCGUAAAAAUAUUUGGGUGCCAGUGUGUGUCUGUUUGUGUACUAGCAAGUGUUUUGAGUGUUGUUGUUGCUUGUUUCUUGCUUUGUUAUAGCAAAGAGACGAUUUUGUACGGGUGUGUGUUGUGUGCGCGAUACAAGAAGAGAAAUCAUAAGGAGAGAAUAGAGCGUGUGGUGGCCUUUACCUUAUUUUUUUUUUCUUGUUUUAUUGGGGCACUUGCAGUGGGGUUUUUUUGAUCUGUUCAAAAUCUAUUCCUGGCGCCAAACAAAAAGCCUGCAAAAUAAUAAGAAUAUAAAUACAAAUUGUUUUGCGAUUAAAGAUUUACGUCGUUGUUGUGUAUAUAGAGUACAUAGAUUGUCAUUUGUAAUAUUGAAAUCUAGUUUUGUGUUGAAUUUUUUGAUCGCUGUGUGAAGUUUCGGAACAGCAUCAACAUUCAGUUCGUGUUCAUAUAUCCGACCCAGACGAAAUUUAACACCACGGAUAAAUAUCGAACUAAACAGGAUCCUUCGCCUCCGCCAGAUACGGAGUUUUUUGGAGAAACUUCUUCGACCAGUGAAGACGAUUUCAAUUACAUCAGUCAAAACGGCUCCAUACCGAAUAUUAAGCCACUCAAGACCACCAAUAAUAGGCUAUCAACGGCUAUUUUAGCAGAAUCCAAAUCAUUAUCGGCCACUCGAUCUAAAGCUUCCAGCUUAACGAAAACCACAAUAAGUGCUACAGCCAAGUAUCCAACGUCAUCUCUGUCGCCACCAUUGCCAAGGGCUUCAAUUGAGGACAUAAUACGUUAUAGGCCAGCUGCACCGCAACAACAAACAACAAAUUUCGAAAAAAGCAACCACAACCACACUAUACCAACAAAAACCAUGGCUAUGGUACGCAAAAAACAAGAUGAUAAACAUCUUGAGGCCUUGCGUGAGUUAAUUACCACUGGCGGUGGUAAUCGCCAAUGUUUCGAUUGCGGCCAAAAAGGACCCACUUAUGUCAACAUGACCAUUGGAUCGUUUGUUUGCACACGCUGCUCCGGAGUACUACGCGGCCUGACACCACCACAUCGUGUUAAGUCCAUAUCAAUGGCUACAUUUACACAGGAUGAAAUUGAUUUCCUUAAGGCGCAUGGCAACGAUGUAUGCGCCAAAACAUGGCUGGGAUUAUGGGAUCCAAAACGUGCUGUGCAUCAGGACCAGCGAGAGUUGAUGAUUGAUAAAUACGAGCGUAAACGUUAUUACUUAGAGCCUGCUAGUCCCUUAAAGUCCUUAACAAAUGCCACAAAUCUUAAGACUUCAUCAUCGUCAACAACAGCAACAGCCAUCGCCGCAUCAGCAUCAGCUUCGUCCGCCACAACGUCAUCAGCAUUAUCAUCAGCAUCGAAUAACAACAACAACCGUAGCAGCAACAAUAACCAAAACCACCACACCCACAUACAGUUAACACCGCCUACUUCGCAGCGCACCACAGCAAAUGGUUUGCAUAAAUCCUCGUCCACAGCCAUCAGUCGUCCACAUCACCACAGUACAGGCCAGCAGCAACAGCAACACAAUGGCUUUGCCACAGACGCCUUUGGCCUACACAAUGGCUUGAAUAUCUCAGUGGGUUCUGCCUCAACUGGAGCCCUCUCGGAUACCAGCAGUUGUGCCAGUGCCAAUGGUUUCGGUGCUGAGGCAGAUUUUGUCGCCGAUUUCGGUUCGGCCGAUAUCUUUAAUGCCACUGUGGCCAGUAGCAGCCCGGCUUCCUCGGUGGGCUCAGCGUCGACGUCAAAUAAUGGUUAUGCCAAAAUACAGCCAUUGAAGGCAGCUCAUCAACAAUUUAUGAAUGGACACCACCACAGUGGCAACGCCUCCAAUAAUGGCAACACAAUCAUGGCUAAUGGUGGCACUGCCAUCACCAAUGGCAACAACAGCAAUAGCUUUGCCAACAAUGGCAAUACAGAGAAUUUUGCUGAUUUCGAUCAUGCUCCAAUUUAUAAUGCAGCAGGUCUUCCAAUGUCUAAUGCACCGGCGGCCGAUCGUUAUGCAGCCUUAAAAGAUUUAGAUGAACAAUUGAGAGAAAGUAAAGCUGUGGCAGCACAAGCGGCAUCAAUAGUUACGGCCAAUGUGAUCGAGUCUGGUUUUGGAACACCCAAUAAUGGCACUGUAAAUCCCUUCGCUACACACACCGGUGUAGCAAAUCCAUUUCAAAGUGCCAACGCACCACAGAAUACGACACAACUGUUUGGUCAGAUGACCCUAAUACCAAAUGGCAUUGCAGCAGCUAAUGGUUUUCUGAAUGCAGCGCAAAAGGCUCAACCAAAUGCGGGCUUCUUUAACUAUACGGCCAAUGGCUUCACCAACAAUGCCAACAAUGCAAAUUCGUCCGCCAUGUAUGCGACAGCGGCAGGACCUAAUGGCUGUGGCUUUGGAUUUGGCACAAUGCAGCAACAAAUAGCAGCUUCAGGGCCGGGACUAACACCAAAUACAUUCAACAAUCCAUUUACCGCUAGUGGAAAUCAUAACUCAAACAACCCAUUUUUAUGA